CGUUUGACAACGCUGUACUCAUACCCCUGAGUUGUAGCGCAACUUAUCGUGGAAAUAAGCACACGUUCCACACAGCUACUGCAGCAGGGUAUAUACCAGCCAUAACUUUCAAGCACGGAUCAAAGAGUGACCAUGCAAUAUUUGCUACUUUUUCCACACCAGGAAUCAUGGGGAGCUCAGUACUAUGUGUUGCUCACACACCGGACUUGAGCACAUUAUCAACGCUCAAUGGUGAUGCAUUGGCCUCAUUUGAUUCAAGUUUUAACAGUGUGGCAGCCGGAUACAGCGAUUGGUGCGGAACAGUCUUCUUAGGCGAUCAACAUGGACGUGUUACGAAGUUGAAGACUCCAUUCGCACAUGCUAAUACCCGAGAAGAAACCGUCCUCAGUGGAGUAUUUCAGGUGUUGGAAACCCGCAAGACAAACCCAGUUGCAGUGGAUGAGCGACCAACAAACAAUAUCAGGCGGAUGUCUCUUAGCUCGCAGAAAAUCACCGCCGACACCGUUCUGCAUGUGCAAUCACUGGAAAGCUUUGCCGUGCUCGACGUACACCAAUGUCACAAGGCCAGCAAUUGCUCAGCGUGUCGGGUUGAUCGUGAUUGCGUCUGGAUGAAAGAGGGCAGCUGUACUGCAUACGAGGCAACGGGCGUAUUUGGAGUAAACUGUCCGAGUGCCAUAAAUCAAUGUAACUAUGGACGCUAUCCUUGCCAUCCCGAUGCCACAUGCACAGCAUCAGCUGAUUCAUACACCUGUCAAUGUAAAGCUGGUUACCAUGGAGAUGGGAAAACCUGCACCGAUAUCAAUGAAUGCUCCAGCUUAGGUACGAAUAAUUGUCACUCACUAGCAACCUGCACAAACACCCCUGGAUCAUUCACAUGCGCGUGUAAAACUGGUUACCAUGGUGAUGGUGUUAAAUGCCAAGAUAUCAAUGAAUGCUCCAGCUUCGGUACUAAUAACUGUCACUCACUGGCAACCUGCACAAACACCGGUGGAUCAUUCACAUGCGCGUGUACAAUUGGUCACUAUGGUGACGGUGUUACAUGUGAAGCGCCUCACAAGUGUGAACGGUCCUGCACCGAGAUCAGUGCACUUCCAGCUAUACGCGCUAGUCCCGCUAAGGCUGCCGAGAUUUGCAGAAGCAGACGGUCUAUUCGUGAUCAUAGCGCUAACAGUGUGGCAUCUGAUCGGAGGCAGUGCGUCAGCGAUUAUUUCCAAGCUACUGACAUUCCAGCGGAAACGUACUGGACGUCAACAAGGCUAAGAACCGCAAACCGCGAAUUUGUUGCAAGCACAGGAGAUUGGUUUGACCAAACUGCAGAAUACCUCGUACUGUGCGAGUUCGAGGUGUCGACAUGCAAGCGCACUGUGUGCAAGGCGACUUGUUCCGACAUCAGUAUGUUUCAAAUCACUACUGCCAGUGCUCACGGAGCGGAUAAAGUAUGCCAGAAGAACCUGAAAACGUUUGGACAUUCCAACUUCGGCUAUACAUUUGCCCAUGUGGCUAGCAAAGAAAGUGAGAUCUUCGGAUGUGUGUCCCGCCAUCUACAUGAAAACAAAAUGACCCGAAAAUGUGUCUACGGUGGAUAUGGCACAGCUCCCAACGGACAACUGAAAUCGAAUUAUGGCCUUCUGAAACCGUGGCGUGCUUCAUAUGUUGUCUGCGAGUAUCGAAAGUGGUGUAGUGCGACAUGUCAGCUCACACGGCUGCAGGAUAACAACACGGUCACGGUCUCUUACACUCAGCGGGUCAACUAUAUUCCAACUCGGCUUGGCGUGAAUUACACCGAGGCUCGUGAUGGCUGUCAUGCCCUCAGCAUGACCCUGCCAACGACCCAUGAGAAGGAGUGCGUGAACUACUACCUGACGAAGAAUUUGGGAACUGGCGGGUCUGGCUGGAUUACGCCAAAGGAUGUGCCUGUGAACUCCGUACCCAAGUAUGGCUUAGCAAGCCGCCCUUUACCGGAUGGCACAGAUCUAUUCAUCCCCAGCAAUAGGAAGUUCAUGAUUCACAUUUGCCUCGGCCCAAGACUUGUUUUGAGGAGAGCAUCCACGGCUUGAGGACCAUUUACUGCUAGUUCAGCAAGUGAGGAGUUUGCAAGAGGAGGACAGCCGUGUGCCGUUGGGUGUGUCAUUGAGUUUGUUUGUUCAAUGUGUUGAUAGUAACCUGAAUUGACUAACUGAUUAAAUGUAUCACCCAGCCAUGCUCUCGUAAAAUCAUUUGCUGUGAUUUGUUCUACUUCUAAUAGUACAUCCCUUUCUCAUCGUCUAUUUUUGUUUGACCUUUGUAUCUUUCCUUUACCAUUAUUAACCUACAUGUGCUUAUUAAUACUCUAUUGGUUUAGUCGGAUCUGCAGGAGUAUGACACCCUCAGUGUUUACA